GCCCCCCCCGGGCACUUUCCGAGGGGACUCGGGAGCGGGAGGCAGCGCCGAGCCCGGCCAGCCCCGCUCCGCCAUGGCCCCGGCCCCCCCGCGCCGCCCCCGGGCCCGGCCGCUGCCGCCGGUGCUGCUGCCGGUGCUGCUGCCGGUGCUGCUGCCGGUCGCUGCGUUCAACCUGGAGGCGUCGCGGCCCGUCGCCUUCCGCGGGGCCCCCGGGUCCCUCUUCGGCUUCGCGUUGGACUUUUACCUGCCCGAACCCCGCAGCGUCAGCAUCCUGGUGGGUGCCCCCAAGGCCAACACGAGCCAGCCCAAUGUCACCCAGGGGGGGGCCGUGUACCACUGCCCCUGGCCCCCCACUGGCGACUGCACCCCCAUCGACUUCGACCACAUCGGGACCCGCACCCACGACUUUGGGGGUAACAGCACCGAGACCCCCGACCCCGUGGAGUUCAAGUCCCUGCAGUGGUUCGGGGCCACCGUGCGGGCGCAUAACGGCUCCAUCCUGGCCUGUGCCCCCCUGUACAGCUGGAGCCCCCCCAAGGAGGACGGGGGGGGCCAGGAGCCGGUGGGCACCUGUUUCCUCUCCAUUGGCAACUUCUCCAAGUUCGUGGAAUACGCGCCUUGUCGUUCAGACCUGAACUCUGCAGCCGGGCAGGGAUAUUGCCAGGGGGGGUUCAGCGCCGAGUUCACCCAGACGGGACGGGUGCUCCUGGGGGGGCCCGGCAGCUACUUCUGGCAAGGGCAGGUGAUGUCGGCCACGCAGGAGCAGAUCGCGGCCUCCAGCUACCCCGAGUAUUUCAUCCAGGAGGUGGCCGGGCAGCUGCAGACGCGCCAGGCGGCCCCCACGCACGAUGACAGCUACAUGGGCUACUCAGUGGCAGUUGGUGAGUUCAGCGGGGACACGACACAAGACUUCGUGGCUGGUGUCCCCAAGGGCAACCUCACCUAUGGCUACGUCACCAUCCUCAAUGGCACCAACAUGAGAUCUCUCUACAACUUCUCGGGAGAGCAGAUGGCAGCAUAUUUCGGCUACGCGGUGGCAGCCACUGAUGUGAACAACGAUGGGCUGACGGACUUGCUGGUGGGGGCCCCCCUGUUCAUGGCGCGCAGCGGGGGGGGCCGGGUGCAGGAGGUGGGCAGGGUGUACCUGUACCUGCAGCGGGGGGGGGACACCCCACCCCCCGACCCCCCCGGCAUGGCCCCCGCCCCCACCAUGGAGCUCACGGGGACCCAGGAGUUCGGGCGUUUCGGCAGCGCCAUCGCCCCCCUGGGUGACAUUGACCUUGACGGGUUCAACGAUGUGGCGGUGGGGGCCCCCCUGGGCGUGGAGGGCCAGCAGGGGGCAGUUUACAUCUACCGCGGGGGGGCCACGGGGCUGCACCCAGAACCUGCCCAGCAGCUGCGGGGACACUGGGGCCCCCGGCGUCACCCCGACUUCUUCGGAGCCGCCCUGCGCGGGGACACCGACCUGGACGGCAACGGCUACCCGGAUCUCCUGGUGGGCGCAUUCGGGGAGGACACGGCCGUGGUGUAUAGGGGUCGCCCCAUCGUCCACGCCAGCGCCGCGCUCAGCGUCUUCCCCACCAUGUUCAACCCUGAGGAACGCGGCUGCGUCCUGGAAGCCACCGGCCACCACGUCCCCUGCAUCAACGUCAGCUUCUGCCUCAACGCCUCGGGGCGUCACCUCCCGAGCUCCAUCGGUUUUUCAGUGGAGCUGAGUGUGGACACGGCCAAGCCCGGGGGGGGGCGGCGGGCGCUGUUCCUGCGGGGGGGGCAGCCCACCCGCACCCUCACCCUGCCCGUCCCCAACGUCCCCAACGUCCCCAACGGCGCUGGCACCCGUUGCCGCACGCUGCCCGUGUUCCUGCGGAACGAGUCGGAGUUCAGGGACAAGCUGUCGCCCAUUGCCGUGGGGCUGAGCUUCGCCCUGGACCCCCAUGCGCCCCCCGACGCCCACGGGCUGCACCCGGUGCUGGCGGCGCAGACCCGCACCCGCCUGGAGGCCAAGGCUCACAUCCAGCUGGACUGCGGGGAGGACAACAUCUGCGUGCCCGACCUGCAGCUGGAGGCGUCUGCGGACCGUCGCGCCGUGUACCUGGGGGACCGCAACAGCUUGAACUUGACCUUCAAUGCCCGCAACCAGGGCGAGGGGGGGGCAUACGAGGCCGAGCUGCACGUGCGGCCCCCCCCAAACGCGCAGUACACGGGGGUGCUGCACCCGCACGGGAACUUCUCAGCACUGAGCUGUGAGCUGGGGGGGGGCAACGGCUCCAGCCCCCUCAUCUGCGACCUGGGCAACCCCAUGAAGGCGGGGGCCAGUAUCUGGGGGGGGCUGCGUUUCACCAUCCCCCAGCUGAGUGACAGCAGCAAGAGCGUCCGGUUCGAGCUGCAGAUCCGCAGCAAGAACGCCAACAACUCGCAGAGCGCGGUGGUGCCGGUGCCGCUGGAGGUGCGCGCGGCCACGCGCCUCUCGGUCUUCGGGGUGUCCCGGCCUGACGUUGUCACCAUCCCCGAGGGGGUGUGGGCAUCUGAGCGGCCACCGCAGCGGCUGCAGGACCUGGGGCCACCCGUGGAGCACGUCUAUGAGGUGGUGAACGAGGGUCCCAGCGCCAUCAGCCAUGGGACCCUGGAGCUGAGCUGUCCCCUGAGCCACCGUGGCCACCCGCUGCUCUACGUCAUCGGCCACUCGGGUCCCCGCAACUGCUCCGCCAGCCACCCCAUGGACAGCCUGCGCCUGGCGGAGCAGAGCCCGGAGUCCCACGUCCUGCAGCGCAGGGACACAGGGGACACCGUCACGAGGGACACGAGGGACACGAGGGACACAUGGGGCAGUGUCCCCCCCACAGCCCCCCACACCCUGGGGUGCCCCGAGGCCGAGUGUUUCCGGCUGAGCUGCCCCAUGGGGGGGCUGGACAAGCAGCAGCGGGUGACCCUGCGCCUGGACCUGCGCCUGCGCGCCCCCCCCCCCCGCCAGGCGCAGGCGCGGGCGCAGUCCCUGCGCUGCGAGGCCGAGUUCCGGGUGCUGCGGCUGCCGUACCGAGUGCGUCCCCAGCACUACCCCCGGCAGCGGCUGCAGGUGGUGACGGGGCUGCAGUGGGCGCAGGGUGACCCCACCGGUGUCCCCGUGUGGGUCGUGGUGCUGUCGGUGCUGCUGGGGCUGCUGCUGCUGGCCCUGCUGUGCUAUGGACUCUAUAAGCUCGGCUUCUUCAAGCGCUCGGGCCCCUACGGCACCGCCAUGGAGAAGGCGCAGCUGAAGCCACAGGCGGCCUCCGAGGCCUGAGCGUCACCGUGUCACCGGUGUCACCCUGUCACCCGUGUCACUGGGCACCAGGGACCUCCAGCUGGGGACUGUCACACCGGGCGGUCCUGGAACCACCAGGACGGGUGUCACUGGUACAGGGGUGACACCGAGCCAGGCACCGACCCCUUGGACACUGCUCGGGUGACAACCUGCACGGGGCAUUGUCACCGGGACACCGUGGGGACAGCGCCGUGCUUGGACCCCGGGCAGCAUGGGGACACUCAGGACACCGGUGGGGUGACAACACCGUCACCAAGCCAGGAACUGCCGUGCUGUCACCGUCACUGUCACUGCGCCGGAACAAGACCUGGGGACAGAUGUGUCUGGUGGCACCUUGUCGUGGUGUCACCCGCCUGCGGUGUCACCUGGUUGUGGCGUCACUUGGGUGCCUAGUGUCACCCCCAUCGCGGUGUCACCUGGUUAUGGCAUCACUUGGGCACCUGGUGUCACCUCAUAUCACGGUGUCACCCAGUCGCGGUGUCACCCGCUUGUGGCGUCACCUGGUUGUGGUGCCUCCUGGCCGCAGCGUCACCCGGACACUUGGUGUCACCCCCAUCGCGGUGUCACCCGGUCGCGUUGUCACCCGGUUGUGGCGUCACCUGGUCGCGGCGUCACUUAGGCACCUGGUGUCACCUCAUAUCAUGGUGUCACCCCAUCGCGGUGUCACCCCAUCGCGGUGUCACCCCCAUCGCGGUGUCACCCGCCCGCGGUGUCACCCGGCGUGUGCUGCACUGCCCGUGUCCCCCCCGCGGGCACCUCACUUUGCACUGACCCCGCGCCCAAAGGUUUUGGUUUUUCUUGGGGGGGGACACACACACACACCCACACAGCGCCCCCUAUUGUCCCCAGGGUGCCCCCGGGUGUCCCCAGGGUGUCCCCGGGCUGCGGGGGGUGAUUGCACUAGCGCGGGGGGGGGCGGCUUCGGUUUGUAUUUAAUUCGGGGGGAGGGGGCGACCUCAGGGCCCCCCCUCAAUAAAUGUGUCCGACCCA